GCUCGGGGAGCUAGAUAGCGAUGCGCAAGUGCAGGUAGACGCGGAUGCAUUGCGAACGCUUGCGCUGGCGGUCAGCGAGCUACGCAAGUCGGUCGUGCGGGCUGAAGAACUCUUAGAUGAUAAGGAAUUUAUCAUGGACUUUCUCGCAACUAGCGCCGAAGUCUUGAGCAGUCUGCUGGGUGCGGCUGGUCAAUUGACGUUAAAGGAGUGGCUGGAGAAGCCCGAAACCCAUAGACUACGUGUUAAGAUGGCUUCAAUGUCCCUUGACAGUAUCGUGGUCAGUCCGCCCAGCACGUUUGUGUGGAAUGUACUACUCGACGUCUCCCACAACCUCCUAAUCACUAUUGAUAAGGCAGAGUACUACUUUGGCCAGCACGAAUGGCUGACGCAACUAAAGUCUCCGCUACCCUCCACUGGAAAUGCGCAGAUCGUAGGUCCUCUUAUAGAAUCUAUAAGAGAGCAGGUCUACGCCGGAUUGGUCUUGUCGCAGCGCAGGACAGCCCUUGACAGUACACGGCUCUACGCUUUCCCGUUCUGCUCGGUAAUCCAUGGUAGCAUUGCUGAGGAUUGCGACGACGGGCGGUCCUUGGAGAAGCUCACUCAAUGCGUAGCGAUGGACUACAACCGGCUUCUGUCCAAUCUUCAAGGAGACUGGCUCAGCGGCAAGAGCGUUGACCUGGCCUGCAGCACGUUUGAUGUCGAAAGUGGGGUCGAUGCGGCUUUUGCAACGUGGUCGAAUGAUGAUUACGGCCCUCUGAUCGCCGACCUCCUGGCCGGAAAGAGCGUUGUGGUCCACGCGGACGUGGUAGAUAGCCUGAGCGGCACGUUCGCCGUCAAGUUCAACGUGGUUAGCCUCAAGUUCUGGAUAGGCGACGGCUACAAACACGAGGCCUUAGCUGCUGCCCUACAAGAUUUCAAAUUGCAGCUCACGCACACGGGAGUAUCGUACUUUAUGUGUGGCGAUCAGGUUUCAACCUUUUCACACCGUGUCGUCACUGUUGAGUCGUCAUUUCGGCAACAUGACAACGGUGAGCCCGUCCUCGCUAACGACAUGUACACGACGUUGAGAGAAGGAGCCGCAGUUCUCAGCCCCUACACAACGUGGAUUGCCAAGCUGCAACCGAUGCCACGCAGGGGCAAGCCGGUCGAUUACUCAGUACUUCAGCGCUUUGCAAAGGAAGUCAAUUUGUCCCUUGUUGGAUAUGGGUCAUACUUAGAAAGCAGUAGCUCUUGUGGGGAGUGCAGACAUUCGAGAUCUCUCACAAAGCAGUUCAGCAUGCCCGGGCGCACUCAGAAGAAUCGACGCCUCAAUCUCCCCGCAAGCUCCGCUGCCAAAUCAGUAGCCAGGUCUUGCCCGUGGAGGCCUCUUGCCUAAACCCUGCCUGGGCCUGGGUCGGCUUUAGUGUCAACCAGGAGAAAACAGCAAUAGUUUCCUGCGCACCAUGCACAGUUUGCAGUCUUGCUACCAAUGAAGUACCGAGUGAAAUACUGUCGAUAAUAAUGUAUCAGCGUCCGCGCUUACAAUUAGUUUCAUAAUCCGUUCUGCAACAAGUCCUCCUGCAGGACUGAAUGACACUGAACUCAGCACUCUGCAAAUCUGAAACUGUAAAAGUACAGUUUAAACUUUAACAGUAAGAAUGUUACUGUUUGCAGCUAUUAUCAACGCAGCUAAUAUCAACUUCCAAGAUUGAAGUUGUUAAUUGGUGUCCAAACUCUCAUGUUCUCCAAUAAGGCAUGUGAUACCGUAUUCUGAAUCAGAACACAAAUAUUUGUAAGAUCUAUCCUUAUGAGCUCCAUAGUUUAACAGUGCUCAUGUACUUGUUGUAGAACAGUUAGUUUUCACUCUAAACUGUAAUCUUUAGUAUUACUUUAGUUUUACAGUUGUAACUGUGAAGUAGUUCUUCAAUUGGAUUUGCAGAGUAUUGGUUCAAAAAAGAAAGGACAGUAACCGAGGGAGACAUUUUAUCACCAUCUCACCGUCUAUCCAACAUUCGCAGAACGCCCAAGAAGAGCCGUUUCUUGUAAAUUAGACUAAU